AAUUUGUAUUUUUUUAGCAUCUACCAAUCCAUAAUCUGCGAUUCAUCUCUCAAUCUCCAUCGGAAAUUAAUAUGCAAUUCAAUCUCCUAGGGCGAUUAAUCUUCAAUUUGUAGUUUCUGACACCGGCGGGCAACGAAGUGACGGACCUAUUCAGUCGGUGGUCCGGUAGUGCUGAGACGGCGGAGGGGCAGUUGGCAAUUGGUUCGUCACUCUUCAAGUCCUCAAUUUUACCAGGGGAACAGGAGGGUGGCACGGUUUUGGACUCUGCACGGCGAAGGCGACCAGGACGGUGGCGGCGGCUCCUCCAUGCGGCGGCGGCUCCUUCUGCCGCUGCUGCUGCGUGCGGCGAUCAGAAGGCAAAUGGUGACGGCGAUCUGUACUGGACGGCGGUAUAGAAGCUCGGCGGAAACUGGGUUAAUGGCAGCACCGUUUGAUCUGGACGGAAACGGCUCAACCCGGCGGAGGCAGAUCACCUCAACGCGGCAGCUAGCGGCGGCGGCUGGACGGACCAGAGCUUCACCUCUUCACGCGGCUAGUGGCGGCAGCGGCGAGUCUCCCGUGACUCACUCCCUGCUGCGGCUCUCCCGAUACAAGCGCAGCAGCUCUCCGUGGAUCGACGGGGAUGGGGGUGCUCCGGUGGAAGCGGCCCAAACACAGGCUCCUGCUACUGCACAGGGUUCUUUAGUUGACACCCCUCUGAUUAGUUUCUGCUGAUCGGAUUUCCGGUGUGUUGACGAGCCAAAGCUCCGAUACCACUUCUGGAUAGGUAACUUCUGAAUAGGUAAGUGUUGAACCAGUAAGAGGUCUGAACCAUUAAGUGCUGAACCAGUAAGUAAGAGGUCUGAACCAUUAAGAGCUAGUAUAUUGCUUAACUAUUCAGAGGCAAAUGUCUGAUCAAUUCAGAUAAGAGGUCUUAACCAUUCAGACUCUGUAUAAUACUUAACCAUUCAGGGGCAAAUCUCUUAACCAUUCAGACAUUUGAACCAUUAAGAGGCUGAAACAAACAGUCUCAACCAUUAAUUGCUGAACCAUUCAGACAUCUGAACCAUUAAGAGGCUGAAACAAACAGCCCCUAAGACUUCACAUACCAUGCAAUUCACAUGGAGUGAGGUCAACCAAUCUGCCCUAACACAUGAUGAAUUAAAGGACCAUUCUGGUAAAAUAGCACAUACGAGUAAACAAGCACCAUAUUGCAUGUAUUGUCUAAACUAAAAAUAAGAGCAAGAAAAAAAG